UAUCCUCUCUCCACAUCUUGCAGGACCACUCUGGUAGACCUUAUCAUCUUUACCUUUGUUCGAGACCAAUUGCGAAUCAACAUCUUCAAGAUGAUGGCCUUCAAGUCCCUCCUCGCCCUGGCUACCGUCCAGGCUGUGUCUGCUCAUUUCGGUCUGGUCUUCCCUGCCUGGCGAGCUGAUACUCUCUCCGAAGAGAACGAGGAGCGCUACAGCCAGUGGACCUACCCUUGCGCCGGUGUCGACUACAAUGAGAAGAACGUCACCGAUUGGCCUCUCGAGGGCGGCGCCCUGAAGCUCGAGCUACACCACCCCUGGACCUAUGUCUUUGUCAACCUCGGCCUCGGCGAGAACUCGACCAACUUCAAUGUCUCCCUGACUCCCCAGUUCCUCAACGUCACCAGUCCCGGCCAGCUCUGUAUCGAGGAGCUUAAGCUGCCCUCGGAUGUCAAGGUGUCUGACGGCGACUUCGCCAGCAUCCAGGUCGUCACCGUCGGCGACUCAGGCAGCGCCCUGUACAACUGUGCCGACAUUCGCUUCAAGAAGGAUGCCAAGGGUCCCAGCAACUGCACCUCCGAGAGCGAGUACUUUGCUGUCAAGGAGCAGACUGGCGAGGAGGAGGAGCAAAGCAACCAGGGAAACUCUUCCAACUCUGAUUCUAAGGAGAGCGGUAACGACAACGCUGCCGGUAUCCUGGGCGCCAACAUGGUGGCUUUGACCUCUGUUGCGGGUCUUGCUGCUGCCUUUGUCAUGGGAAUUGGCCUAUAA